ACCAUUGCAGCUCGAUGUGCCUUUAUAUGUGUAUGAGCUCUCCCCAGCAUGCCUUGCUCUUCUUUCCAAUACUCUUCCCAUCGGAGCCGAGAUUAUUGAAUAACAUUCCCGCCAGCCCAGCGGUGCAGCUGACUCUGCAUGCAACUCUGUGACAGUCGGCUCCAGUAGAACCUUAGACAUGGUGCCCGAUGUUUUUUUCGGGUUGUUUUCCUUCGGUGUCCCAGCUCAGCUGUGCUCCUGGGCUGCCUGGCUUUGCCUCUUGCUAGUACUGUACAAAGCAGCUCAGCUGUAUGUUUGGCGGAGGAAGCUCGUCGCCGCAUUCAGUCCUUUCCCAGGUCCUAAGUGCCACUGGCUGUACGGAAACACUUACGAGUUUCUCCAGAUUGGGAAGGAUUUGGACCUUGUUCUAGGCUGGGCUCAGGUCUUUCCCUAUGGCAUGCCAUUGUGGCUGGGAAAUUUCUAUGCCACGCUUAUCAUCACGCACCCGGACUAUGCCAAGGCUGUCCUGGCCAGGCAGGAUCCAAAAGACGACAUGGCUUACAAAUUUAUUGUUCCCUGGAUUGGUGAAGGAUUAUUGGUGCUUUCAGGGCCUAAGUGGUUUCAACACAGAAGAUUAUUAACUCCAGGAUUUCAUUAUGAUGUGUUGAAGCCAUAUGUCACAUUAAUGUCAGAUUGCACAAGAGUCAUGCUGGACAAAUGGGACAAGCUGAUGCCAAAUGAGAAGUCAGUUGAGCUUUUCCACUAUGUCAGCCUGAUGACGCUGGACACUAUCAUGAAAUGUGCCUUUAGCUACAACACCAGUUGCCAAAAUAACAGAGAUAAUGCCUACAUCAAUGCUGUAUAUGAACUUUCUUACCUGGUGGAUCAAAGAUUUCGCUUCUUCCCGUACCACAAUAAGCUGAUUUUUCAUCUGAGCCCUCUUGGGUUUCGUUUCCGUAAAGCACUUAGUACAGCACAUCAACAUACAGAUAAAGUGAUUAAACAAAGAAAGGAAUCACUCAUGCACGAGACUGAACUGGACAAAAUCAGACAGAAAAGGCACUUGGACUUUCUUGAUAUUCUUCUUUGUGCAAAGGAUGAAAAUGGGAAGGGUCUAUCUGAUGAGGAUCUCCGUGCAGAGGUGGAUACAUUCAUGUUUGAAGGCCAUGACACAACAGCCAGUGGGAUCUCUUGGAUCUUAUACUGUAUAGCCAAAUAUCCAGAGCACCAGCAGAAAUGCCGGGAGGAGAUCACAGAGUUGCUUGGGGAAAGAGAGACCAUGGGAUGGGAUGACUUAGGGAAGAUACCUUAUACUACUUUGUGCAUUAAAGAAAGUCUUAGACUCUACCCCCCAGUACCAGGAAUAGGACGGCGACUAAGCAAACCCAUAACUUUCUGUGAUGGACGGAGUCUUCCUGAAGGUGCAUCAAUAAUUUUGAGCAUCUAUUCAAUAAACCGAUCUCCAAGCUUAUGGAAAGACCCAGAGGUGUUUGAUCCUUUGAGGUUUUUACCAGAGAAUUCAGACAACAGACAUCCCCAUGCCUUUCUUCCCUUUUCUGCUGGUCCAAGGAACUGCAUCGGACAGAACUUUGCAAUGAAUGAGAUGAAAGUGGCUGUUGCACUGACCUUACAGAGAUAUGAACUGUUUCCUGACCCUGACAAUGAACCGCAAAAAGUCCCCCAGAUAGUCCUACGAUCCCUAAAUGGAAUUCAUGUCAAGCUCAGAAAAAUAGAGAAGAAAAACAAAGUGGCAAUGUGAAAUAAAAAGCAGUCACAUAACAUCAAACAAGGGAGUUCAUUUUGCAUCCCUUUUGAUUCUUGGAAAUGCAACUUCUUGGGAGGGAUGCAAAACUUGUAUUGGUGACAUAGGAAAAUGAUAAUGAAAGACUUUAUACCAUUCUAGCCUGUUUUUAACAUUAUCUAAUUACUGUAUCUCUAAUGUAGUACUUAACAGCAACUUCUGCUCAUUUGCUAAGGUGCAAGUUAUUUUUAUUUCUAUUUCUUCCCCACAUGGCCAUAAAAUUCUCUCCAUCCUCGUAGGUUACAGCUGAAGGCACAACUACCUCCAUAAUAACAGACCCAUUAUAACCAAUGACUAAGAUCUUAUUAUAAAGCAGUUGUGAGGCGCUCUGCCGGUCCGGGCCGAUCCCCUGUUCUGGGUCGCGCCGGUCGGCAGACGCGCGUUACUCACCCCCCUCGCCUACGGCCGUCUGUUCUUCCGGGUUCGCGCCGACGCGCAACUGCGCAUGCGCGGUUGCGCACAUGAAGCCGGUUGACGCCAUCUUUGUAAAGGUUUUUUGAAUUUGCUAUUGCCUCAUUUCCUUGCUGUUUUGGCGCCAAAACCCGGCUAUUUAAACUGAUUUCACAUUCUCUCCUUGCCCAAGCUGGCUUCUGGUUUUCUAUCAGUACCUGCUCAAGUGUUUGAUUGUUUUUCCGGUUUGACCUUUGCCUGCACCCUGAUUAUGAUUCUUGCUACCUGCCUCGACCUUUGCCUGUACCCCGACUACGAUUCUUGCUACCUGCCUAGACCUUUGCCUGAACCCCGACUACAAUUUGCCUUUGCCUUGCCGGUACCUCGUAUUUUCGUCUUAACUCUGAAAGUUUGCAGGACCCCAGCUUGGACCGCAGCAGAAAGCUCCGGGGCCCCAAAAGGGCGUCGGUGAAGACCGGGAAGGGCUGGGAGUUCCUGUUAUACCGUAAGAGUCAGACUUUGUAUCUAGCGGUCGCACACUGGUUCCUAUCUAACUUGAACGUUACAGCAGUCAUUAAUACUAAUGUAUUUAUUGUACAAGGCUGCGUUUUAUAAUGUGUGUUAUUAUUAUUAAUAAUAAUAACACAUAUUUAUGUAGAAUAUAUAACACUAAAAGCAGCCAACUGGAAAAUAAAUAAUAUUAAAAGUAAAUAUAAUGUCUAUGUUUGGCAAGACAUCAGCAGGCAAUUUCACAUGAAUAUUCGCUUUUACUGACAUUUCCACAGUUAUUUAAAUAUCAGCAAUUUAAUGCCCAAUUUGUCAGUGGAAACCUAAUCAAACAAACAGUAUGAUCAAAUGCUAUGGAAAGUCUCAGCAUACUAAACGUACCCCUCAGAGUUGCACUGGGGUUUGGCAAUAGGAGCAGACGCUAGAGAAAUAUAUGUUGUAAAGAGAUGCAAAAUAAUACACCAGCAGGUGGCAGCAAGCAACAGCAAGAUGAAUAUCUGAUAAUCUGACACCAAGGGGAUUCAUUACAAAGGUGAAAGAAAAAAGAACCGAGAAGUAUUAAUGAAGAAAAACAUCACAUUUUGCGUUAUGUAAAAAUAUUAACUGAGUUAAGACAUUUGUGAUUAGGUGAUUAGAUGAUUAGAUGAUAUUCUGACAUAAUUUUGUGAAUUCCUUCCCCAACUAUAUUGUAUUUGUAUCCUAUGGUGCUGGUUUUGUUCUGCAGAAAAUGUAAAUAUAUUUGUUUGAUAUUGAUAUUUUAUACCCCCACCCCAAAAUCAAUUAAUACACCAUGAGAACUAUACUGUUA